AUGGACUCUUCUCGUCCGCUGUGGCGCGCUGUCUGGAGGGCGCCGGUGGCCCAACGCGUGCGUCAUUUUUUAUGGUUGGCAAGUCGGGAACGCUUGUUUACAAAUGUGGAGAGGACCCGUCGACAUAUGGCGGAGGACAGCGCCUGUAACUUCUGUGGUCAGCCGGAAUCGGCGAUACACGUGCUUCGGGAUUGUGAUAAGGCGCGCCGCAUAUGGCUUGCGUUGGUCCCGACUUCGGACAGGCGGGAGUUUUUUUUGCCGGACGUUCGGGCUUGGAUAUGGUCGAACUUGGUGGAGUAUUCUCCAGUUGGAUUGGAUAAUUUGGCAACUGUGUUUUCCAUCACCUGUUGGCGUCUUUGGGCUUGGCGGAACAAGGUUAUUUUUGCGAACACGGUAGUCCCGAUGGAGGCGCAGCUUACGGAUAUUAGGUGUCGGGUGGAUCGACAUGUCACGUGUUCUUUUUACAUUGGUCAUUAUGGGAUGUUAGCUCAACUGUAUAAGUUGAUCAACGUCGCCUUCAUUCUGUAA